UGCUUGUAACACCAGGGGCUGGUUUUAUGUUUGUGAUCACAAUACUUGGGCUUUGUGGCAGUGAGUGAAUAAUCCUGGCUCACAAUACCCAGUGGCCCCAUCUGUGACAUGAGGUCCCACAUGCUGUCCGUCCUCUCCAUAUAACACUGGCAGAUCCUGGAAGCUUAUGUCUUUAAUGUCUUUCUUCUACAACUUCAUUUCCCCUGGCUGCUCUGCACAUGGUUGUCCGGUGGAAGUGGGUAGUUAUUGGUCUUCAGGGUCCUGCUCCCGUGGGACUUUCUUCUUCUAGUUAACUGUAGAAGUAUCUAGAAUCGGUGUCCCACUGUAUGGCAUGGAGACCUGUGGCUGUGAGGCUCCCAGGGGCUCGCCUUGGACCACGAUGGGGCCGGGCUGCGGCCUCCUAACGGGACUGAGGUGUGCAGCCCGCGAGCUGCUGCUGCCUGCAUCUCGGAGCACCCCCGCCCCUCCCCUGGCCCGGCGCCCGCCAUGAACGGCCUGUCGGUGAGCGAGCUCUGCUGCCUGUUCUGCUGCCCACCCUGCCCGGGCCGCAUCGCCGCCAAGCUCGCCUUCCUGCCUCCCGAGCCCACCUACUCUCUGGUACCUGAACCCGAGCCGGGGCCCGGCGGGGCCGGCGCUGCCCCCUCGGGUCCCCUGCGGACCUCAGCGGCCACCCCCGGGCGCUGGAAGAUCCACCUGACGGAGCGCGCUGACUUCCAGUACGGCCAGCGCGAGCUGGACACCAUUGAGGUCUUCGUGACCAAGAGUGCGCGAGCCAACCGCAUCGCCUGCAUGUAUGUGCGCUGUGUACCGGGUGCCAGGUACACAGUUCUCUUCUCGCAUGGCAAUGCAGUGGACCUGGGCCAGAUGUGCAGCUUCUAUGUUGGCCUGGGCACACGCAUCGGCUGCAACAUCUUCUCUUAUGACUACUCUGGCUAUGGAGUCAGCUCUGGCCGGCCCUCGGAGAAGAAUCUUUAUGCUGACAUUGAUGCAGCCUGGCAGGCCUUGCGUACCAGGUAUGGCAUCAGCCCAGACAGUAUCAUCCUGUAUGGCCAGAGCAUUGGCACUGUGCCCACAGUGGAUCUGGCGUCACGCUACGAGUGUGCUGCAGUGGUCCUGCACUCGCCUCUCACCUCGGGCAUGCGGGUGGCCUUCCCCGACACCAAGAAGACCUACUGUUUCGAUGCUUUCCCUAACAUCGAGAAGGUGUCGAAGAUCACGUCACCGGUGCUCAUUAUCCACGGCACAGAGGACGAGGUGAUCGACUUCUCACACGGGCUGGCACUGUAUGAGCGCUGCCCAAAGGCCGUGGAGCCACUGUGGGUGGAGGGCGCUGGGCACAAUGAUAUUGAGCUGUACAGUCAAUACCUGGAGCGCCUACGCCGCUUCAUCUCCCAGGAGCUGCCCAGCCAACGCACCUAGCCAAGCCGCAGGGACCUCAGCAGUACAUGGGCCUCCUGCCGGGGCUGCAUGUGACCCGGAGCCCAGGACCCUGCCUGGCACCCCAGGGGCCAUGAGCCAUGUGCAGGCGACAGAGGUCCCUCUCUUCUCCUCGUGGAAGCAAAGAGAAGGAAAGAGGGAAACUAAUUAAAGGAUUAAGAUUUUAGGAU